AUGUCCAACCCCUUAAAACGCUCCCGCCGAUCCAAGGUAGCAUGCGAGCCAUGCAGAGAUCGAAAGAAGAAAUGUGAUGGUCGACAGCCUUGCGAAACUUGCAGUGACUUCGAAUACGAGUGCUUUUACGAUAUCACCGGUCGCAAAAAAAGGAACAAGAACCCGCUAUCACCACCCCAAACACGGACCGAGCCCAACAAAGACCAGGGGAAAGAGAUUGCUUUGAACCCUACGUUACAGCGCAGGCAAUCCCUAGGUCUUUCCCCAAAGGAGUUACAAUCACAUUCCCUGGAGUCGAACUCCGGAGCAGCUUUCGUGCGGGGUCUGGGGCUCCAAAUCGACCCAGCCAAUGCGCCCGAGCCCAAAGUCUUUGCCUGGAAUGUCGGUGCUCGUCAGUUGCCAGGGAACUUUGUUCCUCUGUCCAUUCUGGAUAUUGUAUCCCAUGGGGAGAUAACGAGCCUCGCAAGAAUUUACUUCGAUAAGGUAGACCCGUACUACGGUUUCAUCGACCGUACGACUUUCUUCGCAGGUCUGGAUUCGAGGUGGUCUCGAGAGUCAAAAUUGGAGCCUUACGAUGCGAUUCUAUGUGGAGUGGCGGCAAUGGGUUACCUCUUCUCCCGGAGAAAAGCUAUUGCCGCAGAAUUGCAUCUAGUUGAAUCCGCUCGAUCAACCCUUGAACAAUUCUCGAUGUCCGGCUUACCAUCAUUGACUAUAAUUUCAGGAUGGGCCCUCAGACUAGCCUACCUGCGACUGACAAGCUCUCCACACACUGCCUGGAUGGCUAGUUGCUCAUUAUUACACCUAAUAGAGGCAUCAGGGUUCCAUUUAGAGUCUCCAUCCGGGAAACUUCUACUUCGACGGCCACAGAGCGUUGACCCCGACAUUCGAAGACGGCUGGUUGGAUUUGCCCAAUAUAUUAACACUUGGAUAUCCUUUGAUUUGGGUCGAUCAAGAGUAGUACUGCGUGAAGCGUCCUACACUUCGCCAACCUUCCGAGAGGGUGAUUAUACAGCUGAAAUGCUGAACUUGCUUCCCCUCUCAGAGACACUGGAACCAAAUAACGCACUCGACUCUACCCAACUCACCGCAAUGCUGUCUAAUGUUCUGGAAAGUUCACAUACAGAGCCCCCAUUUGUUCUAUCACAGUGCAAUCUUAUGCUUUGUGUGUUUAGACGACUGCGUGCACUUCAUCUCGAAGUAUGCGGCCCAGACAUGGAUCGAAUUCUAUGCCUCAUCAUGAAGUCCCUAGCCUGUGCAAAAGAGUUGGCUUACCAGAAUUGUCCCUGGAGUCACGUUGCAAAUGUUCCCUUCCAGAUCGUCAGUACACUGCUUGCUAUAGACAGUGUCGAAUCCCUCUCUCGAUUAGAUGAGGCUGUAAAGACCCUUAAAAUCAUUGCAGAAAUUUAUGAUACUGCUGUUAUGAGGGAGGCAUUCCGAACAGCAGGCUUGUUGAUUCUAUUACAACAAAAAAAGAAAGAAAGGUGA